AUGAUGUUGCAGCCACGGUUGCCCAUACGCACCUUGUGCAGACAAUGCAAAUUCCCGGUCCCCGUUCUCCGCAGAAGCUACGCUCAGGUUAUCGAUCCUGUCCACCCAGACAAUUCACGCAAUGAACCUCCCCCCUCUCUCCCCCAAGAUCUCUUGGGAGGCUCCAAUGUCCAAGUUCAACUACGUCGCUACCGUCCCCGUACUCCUGGUGUUCGACAUCUUGUCCGACCGUUGAAUGAUCAUCUCUGGAAAGGCCGCCCUCUCCAUGAACUCACCUUUCCGAAGAAGGGCCAUGCCAAAGGUGGCAGGAACCAUACCGGUCACAUCGUCAUGAGACAUAGAGGUGGAGGACACAAGAGACGCAUUCGCACAGUCGACUUUCACAGAGCAGAUGGGGGCAAACAUUUGGUCGAACGUAUUGAGCAUGACCCAGGUCGGAGCGCUCAUAUUGCGCUGGUGAAGAAUCUGCAGACUGGAAAGCAAACAUACAUUCUCGCAGCGGAAGGUCUAAGAGCUGGUGACACGGUCGAGAGCUUCAGAGCAGGCCUUCCAGAUUCUCUAAUUCAAGAGAUGGGUGGUCACAUCGAUCUAGGUCUACUUGCCUCCAAAACUGCCAACCGAGGCAAUUGCCUCAAAUUAAGCAUGAUUCCUGUCGGUACACCUAUAUUCAACAUCGCCCCUACCAAGGAGGAUGGUGGCAAGAUGUGUCGGGGAGCCGGUACUCACGGCAUCAUCAUUGGAAAAGGAGAGGACACGGUCCAGAAAGAGAUGGCCAAAGUCCUAGGAGACAGUGGAACGUUGGACUGGACGACUCUUGACCCCCUAAUCCUCAAGAAAUUCGAAUCUGCUGCCAACUACGUCACAGUUCGACUUUCCAGCGGCGAAGUUCGAUUGAUCGACAAAGAUGCAGUAGCAACUAUCGGAAUCGCAAGCAACAUCAAUUUCAAAUACACCCAAUUAGGCAAAGCAGGUCGUUCAAGAUGGCUAGGCAUUCGACCAACGGUGCGAGGUGUGGCUAUGAACGCCAUGGAUCAUCCUCACGGUGGUGGUCGAGGAAAAUCCAAGAACAAUCGAAUCCCUUCGAGUCCUUGGGGUAUUCCGGCCAAAUCCGGCUACAAAACGAGACCGAAGAAUAAGGUCAAUCCUCUGGUCGUCACCGAGCGUCCGAGGAACCAGGGUAAACGAAGGAGAGGGUACAAGUAA